ACGCCGGCGCCGUGCCGCGUCUCUCCUCUCCGCUCCCCGCCAGCAGAGCCAGACGCACCAGCAGACAUGGAGGCUCCGUGAGACACAGCACAUGGCAGCAGCGGCGAGCCAUGAACCCAAAAAGAAACCACCAAAAACAGAAAAUGCUUCAAUAAGCAAUCGUUAAUUCCUUCCCGGAAAUAUUCCCAAAACCUGCAUAUUCCCAAUAGCGACAGUGGGUUGCCAUUCACUCAAGUCAAGGGGAGGGGCGCAAGGCAACCCCCUUUUUCAUUUCAGCGAUAUUUCUCAUUUUUUCCCCCUGUUUUUAGUAGUUUGACUUGAUCCAUCUGGAAGAUGGGUGUGCAGGGUUUCCAGGAGUACAUUGAGAAGCACUGCCCCAACGCCGUGGUGCCGGUGGAGCUCCAGAAACUCGCCCGGGGAAGUAUGGUCGGAGGUGGCCGGCAAAGACCCCCUCAAAGUCCGCUCAGGCUGCUGGUUGAUGCCGAGAACUGCCUCCACCGGCUCUAUGGGGGGUUCUACACCGACUGGGUCAGCGGGGGGCAGUGGAACCACAUGCUUGGCUACCUGGCCGCCCUCUCCAAGGCCUGCUUCAACGGGAACAUUGAGCUCCUGGUAUGCUUCAAUGGCGCCCUGGAGAAGGGCCGACUCCACGAGUGGGUCAAGCGACAGGUGAACGAGAGGCAGACCGCCCAGCAGAUAGUCAGCCACGUCCAGAAUAAGGGCACCCCGCCGCCGAAGGUCUGGUUCCUGCCCCCGGUGUGCAUGGCUCACUGUAUCCGCCUGGCGCUCCUCAGGUUCCGCAUCGGGGUGGUCCAGACCAUCGAGGACCACCACCUGGAGGUGAUCACCUUGUGCCGGGAGGGCGGGUUCCACGGGCUGGUGGCGUACGACUCUGACUACGCGCUGGUCAACAUGCCCUGCUACUUCAGCGCCCACGCCCUCAAGCUCAGCCGCAACGGCAAGAGCCUGACCACCAGCCAGUACCUGAUGCACCUGGUCGCCAAGAAGCUCCACCUCCACCCCGACCGCUUCGUCGUCUUCGCCUCGCUCCUAGGGAAUCACAUACUGCCUGAUGAAGACUUGGCUGCCUUUCACUGGAGCUUACUGGGUCCCGAGCAUCCUUUAGCAUCACUGAAGGUGCGUGCCCACCAGCUUGUGCUCCCGCCGUGUGACGUGGUGAUCAAGGCUGUGGCGGAGUAUGUCCGCAACAUCCCGGACCCCAGCGACCUGGACGCCAUCGCUAAGGACAUCUUCACACAUUCACAGUCCUGUACUGACGACAAGGUGCUGCGCUUCAGGAGGGCCGUGGAGUACUACGCCCGGGCCAGCCGACCAACGCGCGCCCCCCCACCGUUUGUGGGACCAAAACAGACGGGAGUGCCGGCUACUGGGUCACACGGCGCUCCUCAGAAACCACUCGACAUUCCAGCCGCUGCUCCGACUGGGAAGUCUGGGGCCCCGCCCAGCGGUCCGCCCCCUCCCAGCGGUCAGGCCCCGCCCAGCGGUCCGCCCCCUCCCAGCGGUCCGCCCCCUCCGGCGGAGCAGCAGGCUCAGCCCCGGGCCCCCCAGGCUGGGGACGGCCCCCCCGACCUCAGCCUCUUCGGAAACAUUCCUCCAGAAGGGAAACACACGCCGCUGUACGAACGGUCCUCCCUGGUCGCCGCCGCCGCCGCCGCGCCUCGGAGCCCCGCCUCCGCCGGCGCCGUGGACGCCAGCCUCCCCCCCGAGGACGCCGCUGCCUCCACCACCGUCACCCCCUCCUCCUCCUCCUCCUCCUCCUCCUCCUCCACCCUCACCUCGUCCUCCACCAUCACCUCCUCCUCCUCUGAGAACGAUGAGUGCUGCACCGUGACGGCCAAUCAUGUGGGCGACCACAAAGGAGAAUGGGACAAGAAGGUGAACCAUGAGGCGGAGCCCCCAGAGGGGGCGCUGGAGGCCCAGACCAACGUGAGUACGACAGCAGCAGAAGAAGAAGAAGAGAGAGAACUACGACACAUUCUGAAGUUCUUAGGACACGGUUUUUAUUUUAGAGUCCCCCCUCCCUCCCCGGCCCCCUCCCCCUCCCCCUCCCCGGCCCCCCCCAGCGGCGGGGGCAGCCGGCUGGGCAGCCACGGCGCCCCCAUCCCCUCCCUGCUCUCCAUGGCCACCCGGAGCCACAUGGACGUGACCCUGCCCCCGCUGCCCGCCGUGGCCCCCGAGGUGCUGCGGGUCGCCGAGCACCGCCACCGCAAGGGCCUCAUGUACCCCUACAUCUACCACCUCCUCACCACGGGAGAGAUCAAGAUGGGCGUGAGCCUGGAGGACGAGGGGAACCAGGAGCUGCCGUCGGCCGUGCAGCUCUUCCGGCCGCUGCGGCAGUACGUGUACGGCGUGCUCUUCAGCCUGGCCGAGGCCGUGAAGAAGGCUGAGCGCACCGCCAUGAGGAGGGCCUGCCCCCCCGACUACUCCCCCGUGAUGGUGAAGGAGUGGGCUGCCUACAAGGGCAAGCCCCCCCACGCCCCCGAGCUGGUGGAGGCGCUGUCCUGGCGCGAGUGGACCUGCCCCGGCCUGCGGCAGCUGUGGCUUGGCAAGGCGGCGGAGGACAAGAACCGCCGCAUGCGCGCCUUCCUGGCCUGCCUGCGCUCGGACACGCCCGCCAUGCUCAACCCCGCCCACGUCCCCGCCCACCUGCUGGUGCUCUGCUGCGUGCUGCGGUUUAUGUUGCACUGGCCGGGGGUCAGAAUAUUACGGCGGUACGAACUCGAUGCCUUCCUAGCACAAGCACUUUCCCCUCAGCUGUACCAACCCGAGCAGCUGCAGGACCUGAAGAUAGAGCGUCUGGACCCCCGUGGCGUGCAGCUGGGUGCCCUGUUCAUGACGGGUGUGGACAUGGCCUUGUUCGCCAACGACGCCUGUGGACAGCCAAUCCCGUGGGAGAACAGCUGCCCCUGGAUGUACUUCGACGGCAAACUGUUCCAGAGCAAGCUGAUCCGGGCGGCCCGGGAGAAGGCCCAGCUCAUAGACCUCUGUGACGGUCAGGCGGAGCUGGCCGGUAAGGUGGAGAAGAUGCGUCAGAGCAUCCUGGAGGGCCUCAGCUUCUCCCGCCCGCCGCACACAUGGCCUUCCCUCCCCCGCCUCCCCUCCCAUCCCCCUCCUCACCCCCACUUCAUGCCCUUCUUCCCCCCCGCCGGCGCCUUCUACCCCGACCCCCCAAGAUGGGCGCCGGGACGGGCGCGGGUCGUGUCCGGACUGCAGGCUGUCGCCUCCUCCGGGGGCAAGCUGGAGAUCGCGGGCACGGUGGUGGGCCAGUGGGCGGGCAGCCACAGGGGGCGGGGCCGCAGGGGCUUCCCCAUCCAGGUGGUGUCUGUGGGCGGAGCCCCCCGCGGCCGUCUCAGAGGGGUGAUCUCCACCCCGGUCAUCAGGGCCUUCGGGCGGGGCGCCCGCUACCACAGCCUCACUCUCAAGGGCCACCCAGCAUUCCUGGGUCCUAAACCCCCCCAUGUCUCCGCCCUGGACGGGAAGGCCAGGAAGAAGAGCAAGCCAGACGAGGUGAAGAAGAAGGCGGGUCUCGUGGAAGUCAAAGGUCACGGCGGUGGCGUGGAGAACGGCGUGGAGGAGGAGGACAGGAAGUCUGUGCACUUGAACGGCGAGGCGGUCACCAUCCUACCAGGAAGUGCCUUCAGCGGUCCCGACGCCAAGUCGUGCGUCAUCGUGGCUAACCCUUACCUUCCUGUUGCACUAGCCGUCGACGCGGCCGGCGCCAUGGAAACGGUGCGGGCGUCGGAAGAGUAAAGCCUAUUUUUCUAGAGAGGGUGACGGAUGUGAGCGGUUGUGUCGCGUGUUCGGAGAACGAUGUAGAGAAGCCUAACAGUUAAUGCACAUUUAUUCCUUUGUCAGAAAACAAAACUAACGGGAAAACAGGACGACCUUUCCGCGUUUCCCUCUCAGCGAACACAACUCGUUUACAGGCGUUUGUUAUGGCGGCGUUUGUUAUGGCGGCGUUCGGACGGUUCACCACCACCGCCGCGGAGGUUAAUGCGCGGUAAUGCUAACAUGACGAGAGACCACUUCCUUUUAAUUCUCAGCAUAGGGGGAAGCUUCCAGAAGCUUUUGAGUUUAGGAAAACCUUUUUCUUUCACUAGGGAUGAGAUAACUAAAACCACUUGUUAUUCCGUAUUUGGCUCCUUGUCUCCGUUAUCUGAACUGAUCUCAUGUUGUCUGUGUAGCCGCUUGAUGCCAAAUUAAAAUCCAAUAUUUACAACAGAAAAAAUAACCAUCCUCAGAGGCCAUUAACACUGGUUUGAGUUUGAAGGCGCAGCAUUGCAUCAAAGGAGCUCGGAUGGAGUUUUUUUUAGUAUUUCCAGCUUCAAGUCAAAUUUACAAGCAACAGCAGGGGGGGGGAAAGAGAUAGUAUUCAGCACCAAUCGCUCGGAUCCCGGUACGGGAGCGAGCGGACCGAUCGUGGCUGUGCUAGAGCGUCGUGCGUCGUGUUGCGUCUCUCCAAACCGUUGCAUGGUUCCUAGGUUAAGACGUGUAUAGAUGUUGUGCAUGUUGUUCCCAUUCCUCGGUACGAUGACUGUGGCCAUUGACAAAAACACAAAUACUAUUGAAAUAUAAUCCAUUUAAAAAAAGAGUUACCUGUUGGGUCUGUUGACAAUGGGGUCUUAUUUUCGUUUGUGGUAUUGGUCUCUGUUGCAUUUAAUUAACUAAAGAACGCAAGAAUCUUAUCUACCCAAUCGUACCCAUAGUAUACAUGUUCUCUUUUGCUGUUUGAUGCGUUUGUCGGAUAUCUGGUAAAAAAAAAAUAUAUUAACAAUAAUACAAAUGUCACCCCUUUUAAUGUAGCUGGAAUAAAUUGCUUGACCUUCCCAAUAAGAGUUUAGCAGUUUAUCAAUUUUAAGAUUUGUUUUUCUUCUUUUUUCAGUCAUUCUUCUUAACUAGUGAAUUUAGAUUUCAACUACCCUGAGCUUUUCUCAUGUUACUUAUGAUCAUAAAUAUGAUGUACACACUCCCCGCCCCCACCCAGAGCUGCAUAAAUCACCUUUUAUGUACGUUGAUUUGAGGUUUAUACUACUCUCCUUGAGUUUGUUUUAAGAAUGAACUGUCGGGUUGGCUUGAAUGUUGAUGGAUUGUGAUGUGGUGUAUUUGAAGGCAAUGCAACUUACAAUGCUUAAUAAAAGUCUAUUCUUUUAGUAUAA